GUCUAGAAACGAUGCAAGUCUUCGGGAGAAAUUGAUGUUUUAAAGCUAAAAAACUACUACAAUAUAACACUUGACUUUUCGGAAACAACCACAAGACAUUCCGGACUUUAAGGACUUUAGUUUCAAACUGAAUGCAGAAUGGAUCAUCUUUCUAAUAUAGAGGUAUUUGAGAAAAGCAUGAGUUUGUAUACUGGAGACGACCCUCUGGAUUCUUGGAGCUCGUUCAUGGUGUACUUGGAGUUCCAGGCAGCCAGCAGUGAACUGCCUCAGGCUCUGGACCUUCUGGUGAAGGAGUUUCUGAACGUGGAGAAAUACGCAAAUGACAUCCGAUAUGUCAACUACUGCAUCAGAUGUGCGAGCUUUUACCCGGACCCAGUGGCCGUGUACAAUCACGUUUUCAGUAAAGGAGUCGGCAGGAGGACGGCGGCGCUUUACGUUUCCUGGGCGAAACAGUUUGAGCAGAGAGGGAAGAUCGAACAGGCCGAGGAUGUUUUCCAGAAAGCUUUAGAGAACCAAGCUCAGCCGGAAGAAACCGUGCUCAACGAACACAGGCAGUUUCAAAUCAGAAACCAUAUCCAGGCUCCAGUAUCAGCACCAAGUCGUACACCAUUGCAAAACUCCAACCUGACAAACCAGAUGUCCUCUCAACGAGAACCUGCUGCUCAGCACAAGAGUUCGGGCGUUCAGACGGUUUCACAGUAUAAUACGGAGGAUCUGAAGUGUGAAGGAUCUGAACUUUGCUUCGAGGAGGUCCGAGCCAGGAAGUACUUUGAGAAGAUCCGAGCGAAACAAGCCGAGGAGGAGCGAGAGAGGGAUGAGGAGAAGAUGAGGAAGAAGGAAGAGGAAGACCAGCAGGCGAAAUAUAAUCUGGAGGAAGUGAACCAGGAGCUGGAGGACUUUGGAGGGUUGAGCGUCCAGCCGGCAGCACACAGGCGCUCUGUUGUGGAAUCAGACCCCGGUUUGUUCCCUAAUAUUACCCAGCAUGCAUCAGUGCGUCCUCGUCUGAGCAGCAGACGCUCUCUGAGUCUGAGACUUCACACCGAGCCCACCUUCAUCCAGGAAGCCUACUCCUCUUCCUCAGAGGGUUCCCAGCAUGCACCUGUCCUCGCUGACAGGAGCGUGUAUUUACCACAAUCCACAAAUUCUGAGCAGAAGAUGAACGUGUCGCUGCACGGACCAGCAUGCACCUCUUCAGAGGUUUUCAUGCAAGAGAACCAUCAGGAGAACCAUCAGGAGAAGAACCACGACACACAGCAGGAAGCUGCUCGCCCCCCAGAGUUUGAGGAGAGGCUCAACAUGUCUCAGGAAGGAACCUGUAACCUGUCUCACUUCACCCCCAACUCGUCUCUGGGCUUCGUUCAGGCGACUCCCACCGUGAACACCAGAGAGGCGAUGGGUGUGAUCAUGGACAUGUUCCAGGCCCCAACGCUCUUCCAGGAUCCGUUCAACAACACGUCUGUUCUCCACGCCGCGGAGAACACCUUUGAUGACGGGUACCAGAGGAAUGGAGGCGCCUCCUCGUUCUGUGCUCCCCCGACCGCCGCCCCGUUCACCGUCUUCCAGGACGACACCGACAAAGAAAAUGGAAGUACUGCUGCUCCCUCUGUGGUGAAGUCUAAACCAAUCAGAGCUCUCGCUGAAAUCCCUGUUUCCAACAAACCCAACGAGACCGACCUGAUGCCAGAUGAGAGCACGAUGUGGGGUUUCAACUCCCUCCACUCCCUCGCUCCCUGUCCAAACAGCACCACUGACUUCGCCUUGUUGGCCCAGUUCGUCUCCACGCCGUUCACCAACAAGAUGACAUUCAACUUCCUCGCGGACAAAGUGAGUAACUGUGAUGGUGGAGACGCUGAGGACGAUGCUUCUAUCAGACGUCCGACGAUAAAACUCAGCCCCAUCCUGGAGCAGAGCCCGUCUGACGACACUGACUUCAGUAAACUGGCUCAGUCCUCCGGGGGUCACGGCACCAUCGUGGGGGAGGGUCUAGCCCCGCCUCCUUCAUCUUCAUCUUCAUCAUCUUCCUCCAGCUUAGUGAACCCCCCCCCUCCCGCCAAGCUCUCCUUCAGGGAGCAAACCCUCUGUCCGCCAGACGCCUCAAACUGGGACGUUUACACCAAAGAAGAACCCUUCACCAUCAUGGAGGAUUCACAGAAACCCCCAAAUCUGGAGAGGGUCCAGAACCAGGUCCAGAACCAGGUCCAGGAUCAGUUCCAGAACCAGGUCCAGAACCAGGUCCAGGAUCAGUUCCAGAACCAAGUCCAGGAUCAGUUCCAGGAUCCAGAAACCCUCUGUCCGCUAGACGCCUCAAACUGGGACGUUUACACCAAAGAAGAACCCUUCACCAUCAUGGAGGAUUCAUGGAAUACCCCAACACUGGAGAAGGUCCAGAACCAGGUCCAGGAUCAGUUCCAGAACCAGGUCCAGAACCAGCUCCAGAACCAGUUCCAGGAUCAGUUCCAGGAUCAGUUCCAGGAUCCAGAAACCCUCUGUCCGCUAGGCGCCUCAAACUGGGACGUUUACACCAAAGAAGAACCCUUCACCAUCAUGGAGGAUUCAUGGAAUACCCCAACACUGGAGAAGGUCCAGAACCAGGAUCAGAACCAGGCCCAGAACCAGGUCCAGGACGUCCCCAUGAGUCCGGAUUACAUGCCAAAACCAGACUGGCUGGUCCUCAGGAGCCCAGACUACCAUCAGGAGCCUCGGGGGGGUUCUGACCUGGACGUUUUCCAUAGUCCUCCCAUAAAGAGGAUUGCCGACGUUCCCAUGAGCCCGGAGGCGUCUUUUCUGCACGAUGAAUCCAUGACGAGCCCCGACAAGACGCAGGGGAACCUGGUCUCAGAUCCCUGGGACGAUGACCUGAUCGCAGGGUUACUUUUCUCGCUCAACCCCCGUGUCACAUCUCACCCUCGCUGCAUCACAUGGCAGUGCAACGUUCCCAACAUCUCACCAAAAUCCACCAUCAGCAUGGGAAAGGAGUCUCUGAGAGUGGACUGUGUUCUCGGACAGGGGGCGUUUGCAACCGUCUACCAGGGCACCGACCUCAUGACCUCUGAGAAAGUGGUGCUGAAGGUUCAGAAGCCAGCGAACCCCUGGGAGUUUUACAUCGACUCUCAGCUUGAUGCGCGGCUGCCUCUCGGUCUCUGUCAGCUGUUCGGCCGGCUAAGCUCCGCCCACUUGUUCCACAACGGCAGCGUGAUGCUGGGCGAGCUGCACAACUACGGCACCCUGCUGAACGCAGUGAACAUCUACAAGACUCUGAGUGACAAAGUGAUGCCGCAGCCGCUCGUCAUCUACUUCAGCGUCUGCAUCCUGAAGAUGGUGGAGGCGCUGCACGGCGUCCAGCUGAUCCACGCCGACAUCAAGCCCGACAACUUCAUGCUGGGGGAGAGGUUCCUGGAGAACCGGGGUUUUGAUCUGGAGAGCGUGGAUCACGGUUUGGUUCUCAUUGAUCUCGGCCAGAGCAUCGAUAUGAACCUUUUCCCAGAAGGCACUGCUUUCACCGGAAAGUGUCAGACGUCCGGCUUCCAGUGCAGCGAGAUGCUGAGCGGGAAACCCUGGAGCUACCAGACGGAUUACUUUGGGAUAGCAGGCACGGUGUACUGCAUGCUGUUCGGGACGUACAUGCAGGUGACGAGUGAAGGCGGAGAGUGGAAGACUAACGGAGUAUUCAGAAGGAACCCUCACCGCGACCUUUGGCUGGAUUUCUUCCACUGUCUCCUGAAUUCCCCCCCGAUCGGCGCCCUGCAGAAGCUCCGCCUCCAAUUGACCUCCGUCCUGCAGCAGAACUACAGCAACAAACUGCCCUCUUUAAAGAGCCGGCUGACCGUGCUGCUGCUGGAGAACAGGAGAAGUGCCAGGAGAUGAGGAGGAGAUGAGGAAGAGGAGGAGACCAAGAUGUCUUCAGAGUUUAACGUUAACCCUUUUAGAGAAGAUCAGAAUCUGUACAAUGUAAAUAUUGUUUGGUUGCUUUUUUUUGUGUGACUUUUUUAUCUGCUCAUGUUUGUUUGUCGUUGGAGUUUAUUGCAUUUUGUUAAAUAAAAUAAAACGUGAUUUUAGGAAAAAGUUUGAGAGAUUUUUGCUUUGAAAUUUGGAGCCACGUUCAAAUCUGGAAAAACCCUUAAAUUCAGGCUCAAUAUUAUUUACCCUUUGCAUCCAUUCAUUUUUGAGACGUUUUCUUUUCCCUGAUACCCAUUAUUUAUUGUUCUUUUUUAUCCAUUUGUAUUUAUUUGUAUGUAGUCAUCAGAGCCAGCAUGCUGAUCAUAUUGUUAAAAAAAUCUUGUAAUUUUCAAUAUUCCUUACUUUAUAAAUAUAUAUUUUUUUUAAACUCUGAUUCUACUUUCUAUCUUUACAGACGAUCAUUGUUUGUCUUGCAGAAUAUUGGUUAAAUUAAAGUACCACU